AUGGGUGCAUCAGGCUUAGGUUCUGCUUUAGCAAAUUGCAUUAAUCUCUCAAAUUUGACACUUGACCUUAGUGAAAAUUAAAUUGGUGACGAAGGUGCAUCAGGCUUAGGUUAUGCUUUAGCAAAUUGCAUUAAUCUCUCAAAUUUGAGACUUGAUCUUUAUUUCAAUUAAAUUGGUGCAAUGGGUGCAUCAGGCUUAGGUUCUGGUUUAGCAAAUUGCAUUAAUCUCUCAAAUUUGACACUUUACCUUAGUGGAAAUUAAAUUGGUGCAAUGGGUGCAUCAGGCUUAGGUUCUGCUUUAGCAAAUUGCAUUAAUCUCUCAAAUUUGACACUUAAUCUUGCCUUCUUGAAUGAAUUCAAAGUAAUAAGCAAGUAUCUUAAAUCAAAAAGAUUAGUUGUCUUUAAAAGAAAUAUCUGA